CAGGUUAUCAAGUACGGUCACUUUGAAGAACCAGGAACAUGGCGCCAUAUGAACGAGUUUUUGGUCGCCCAACAAGCCCUCGCAGAGGCGGUGGCCAACGUCAACGAGAUCAUCGCGCCAAAGCUGAUUGGCAUGGAGGUGCUAGAGGGGGAUGGGCGGCGACUUGAAGCAUCGACCUGAAGCGAAGAUGGACGCCAAUGUGUUCGCAGUGGAGAUGCCGAAGAUAGAAGAUGAAGAGUUUGUAUGUUCAACAAAAGCUUCUUAACGCAAACCAUUUAACCUGCAUUUAACCUGGAUCCGACUCAUCCUCAGUUCGCGACCUCUUUGGUGUUUCUGUUGGUGACCUGUAAAAGCCGGCCCAUGACUGUGGACCGAACGGAUCCAAGAAGGUCACAAGCUCCUGCGAACCAGGAAGAUCUCUAUCCGAACCUCCUGCGCCAUCGAUGGGACCUGCAUGAAAAAGUCCGAAAAAAAACCAGACGCUCCAUGGGACUGCCAUACAUGCCUACAUUGGGGUGGUUUGAGGGGUCAAUGUAGGCAUAUAUGCCAUACAUGGAGUGUAUGGGUUCUGAACAGAAACUUCUUCUUUAAAUCUCUUUGGCGCGCAAAAGGCUGGUGUUUGGGUGCGCGCUGGCGCUCGACCAUUUCGGGAGGAAUGCGGCAGGACGGAACGGCCAAAACCGCCGUCCCCCCGGUGGAGCGGACGUGAGACCAGGUGACGAAACAGACGGAGAUCGACAAACUCAUGGUGGAGACGCUGGAUGGCUCUCAGAAUGAGUGGGGCUGGUCCAAGGCCAAGUUGGGUGCCAAUGCCAUCUUGGCAGUCUCCAUGGCCGUUUGCCGCGCAGGAGCUGCCGCCAGUCGGAUGCCACUUUACAAAUAUAUCGCUAGGAUCUCUGGAAAGCCCUAUGACAACUUCGUGAUGCCUGUGCCCUCCUUCAACGUGAUCAACGGCGGCAGCCACGCAGGAAAUCGCUUGGCCUGCCAGGAGUUCAUGAUCCUGCCGGUGGGCGCCGCCUCCUUCCGCGAAGCCAUGUGCAUCGGCGCCGAGGUCUAUCACAACUUGAAGAGCGUCAUUAAGAAGAAGUACGGCCAGGACGCAUGCAACGUGGGCGACGAGGGCGGCUUCGCCCCGAGCGUCCAAGACAACAACGAGGCCUUGGAUGUGCUGAUGGAGGCGAUAGAGAAGUCCGGCCAUGCCGCAAAGGUGAAGAUCGGUACCGACGUGGCCGCUUCGGAGUUCUACAGCGCUGAGACCAAGAAAUAUGACUUGGACUUCAAGAACCCCAGCAGCCCAGACAGCAUGAAGAAGACUGCUGAUGAGAUGAUCGCCUACUACAAGGACUGGAUCAGCAAGUACCCCUUCGUCUCCAUUGAGGAUCCCUUUGACCAGGAUGAUUGGGAUGCUUACUCCAAGUUCCAAGCAGAAGUUGGUGAUCAGGUCCAGACGCUGGGCGAUGAUUUGUUGGUCACGAAUCCCAAGCGAGUGGAGAAGGCCUUGUCCGUGAAGGCUUGCAAUGCCUUGCUGCUGAAGGUGAAUCAGAUUGGCUCCGUGACGGAGGCCAUCGAAGCGGCCAGCAUGUCGCAGUUCGCCGGCUGGGGGGUCAUGGUCUCCCAUCGCUCUGGUGAGACGGAGGACUCCUUCAUCGCGGACCUGGUCGUGGGACUGCGCACGGGGCAGAUCAAGACGGGCGCGCCCUGCCGUUCCGAGAGGUUGUCAAAGUACAACCAGCUCCUGCGUAUUGAGGAGGAAUUGGGCGAAAGGUGUUCUUACGCGGGCACCGGCUUCCGCAACAUUGGUUCCCCGGACUUCGGCAUGAAGAGGAAGCCGUUUGUGGGCGGCAACUGGAAAUGCAAUGGGAAGCUCAGCGGCGUCAAGGAACUCCUGGCAGCCUUCAAGGGCAUCGGAGCAGAUCCUAAAUCCGUGGACGUGGCCAUCUUUGCUCCCACGCUGCACAUCCCUGCGGCCCAGGACUGCCUGGCGGGCGAUGCUGCGAUCCAGCUAGGGGUGCAAAACAUGAGCAAGACAGGUGAGGGUGCCUUCACUGGAGAGGUCUCCGCUGGUCAGGUGGCCGAUUGCGGACUUAAGUAUGUCUUGGUCGGCCACUCCGAACGCCGCUCGUUGUACGGAGAGACGGACGAGGAUUGCGCGGCCAAGACGAAGGCCGACGGUUUGACGGUGGUCUUUUGCAUUGGCGAGUCGUUGGCUGAACGUCAAUCUGGGAAGACCACAGACGUCUGCGAGAAACAGAUGAAGGCUGUGAUCCCUGUGAUCUCGGACUGGUCGAAGAUCGUCAUCGCCUACGAGCCGGUGUGGGCCAUCGGUACCGGCGUCGUCGCCACGCCGCUCCAAGCGCAAGACACCCAGUACCAGGUGCGCCGUUGCAUCCGUGACGAGUGUGGCGCAGAGAUUGCGGACUCGGUGCGGAUCAUCUAUGGUGGAUCGGCCAAUGAGAAGAACUGCAAGGCCUUGGGUGAGCUGCCCGACGUGGAUGGCUUCCUCGUGGGCGGCGCCUCUUUGAAACCCACCUUCACGGAGUCCGUCCCCACGCUUCAGGCAGCCUUUAAACCUUAAGUCUUGCAAGAUGCUCCUGCCUCGCCCGCACAUAUAGUGUGUGCGUCUGAAAUUUCUCUUGCUGGAAAGGCGGCAUGUCGCAACUGUCAACUUACAGCUUUGGGAUGUGCCAGAUGCUUUGCCAGUUCCUGUUGCC